GGGCUGAGUGUCUCCGCUUUGGAAAGCUUAAUGCUCGAAGUCCGAACGGGGGAGAGUAUGCAAGUGAAAGGUAUCACCUUGAAAUACAUAUGCUUGUCCUGUGAGCUCCAUAUUGUGGGAGCUACUUUUAACUCCAGAUGAGGAUUAAAGUGCAUCGGGAUGACCUGGAAGCUUAUUCUAAGUGCCCUUCUGGUGCUGCUAAUGCUCUGUCAGGCUCCCUCGGCACAAAUUAUGGACGAAGCAUAUGAAAACUGGAGGAAGUAUGAGACAGAGUGCCGCCACAACAUGUCCCAAGAGCCACCCGCAGCAGGACUUGUGUGUAACCGUACAUUCGAUCGGUACUGCUGCUGGCCAGAUGCAUUGCCAAACACAACUGUCAGUGUACCAUGUCCAUGGUUCCUCCCAUGGCACCUCAAAGUGCAGCAUGGCCUUGUUUACAAGCACUGUGAGCCAGAUGGUCAGUGGGCAGAGCGUGAUGCUCAGGAAUGUGAAAACGACGAUAAACAGAUUGAGGAUAAAUAUUUCAAGAUAUAUGACAACUUUAAAAUCAUGUACACAGUGGGAUACUCUGUGUCUCUGGGGACCCUUAUUCUGGCUUUUGCUAUUCUUGUGGGGUUUAGUAAACUGCACUGCAUGAGGAAUUACAUUCACAUCAACCUAUUUGCCUCUUUCAUACUAAGAGCAGUGUCAGUACUGGUGCUUGACACGAUGCUCAAGACUCGUUACAAUGAAAAUGAAAAAUUUGAAGACACGCAUCUGUGGCUUAGCAGUGAGGCUUUAGUUGGGUGUCGUGUUGCCGCAGUCCUCAUGCAGUAUGGGAUCAUUGCUAAUUACUACUGGCUGAUGGUGGAAGGGAUUUAUCUGUACAACUUGCUGGUUCUAGCUGUCUUCUCAGAGCGAAGUUAUUUUGCACUCUAUCUGUGUAUUGGAUGGGGAGCCCCGGCUCUGUUCAUCAUUCCUUGGGUGGCUGUGAGAUAUACGUAUGAAAACACACUGUGCUGGUCCACAAACAACAACAUGGGCUUCUGGUGGAUCAUUAGGUCUUCUGUACUCCUUGCUAUAGUGAUCAACUUUGUAAUCUUUGUACGGAUUAUCCAGAUUCUGGUGUCCAAAAUGCGGGCCCAUCAGAUGAGGUACACAGAUUAUAAAUUCAGGUUGGCUAAAUCCACACUGACUCUUAUUCCACUGUUGGGAAUACAUGAGGUGGCGUUUGCUUUCCUCCCAGAAGAGACUGUCCAUGGAACCCUACGCUUGGUCAAGCUUUUCUUUGACCUCUUCAUUAGUUCUUUUCAGGGCAUGCUUGUUGCUGUACUGUACUGUUUUGUGAACAAAGAGGUCCAGUCUGAGCUGUUAAAGAAAUGGAAACGUUGGAAACUUGGGAAGGACAUCAAGGGUGAAUAUAAACACACAUAUACCCAGACACCGCGUGUUGGAGCUAGUACUGUCUAUGAAAACCAUAAACUAGUUGGCUGCUGGCACAAAGGCACAGGCAAACCCCGGCAUAAUGGCAGCAUGUACUAUGAUGACAAAAACAGUACAACAGAAAACAUUACAUUAAGUGAGAGGCAACUCAGCUUCAACUAUCCUGACAGUGGAGAAAACACUUUCUAAACUUUUCCAAAACACACAGAUUAUUAUGAAAGGUGACUGGUGAACUGUAAAUGAACAAAAUUGUUUGCACUCAGAAGGACAAGGUGAAGAGCCAGUACCAAAAUCCAACGACAUUGUCCAUGCAUAAAGAUGAAAGAAUUGAUUAACUCACUGAUAAACAGGUGACCAUCGCUAUGACAGAACCUAGCUUUCUGAAAGGACAUGCUUUCAACAGGUUGUGUAUAUCUGAAUGUUAUUAUGGCUGUACGUAUUAUUCCUUUACUGUAAAUAACAUGUAAAACCAAUAAUAAUGUACAGAAGUCAUAUUUAUACAAAGGAAAAUGUGACCUCGUAGAUCUUAGAACAGAAAGUACAUACUGAAAUACAAACUCAAUGUAGCAUAUUAAUCCAGGAUAACAUUUUUGAAUGAUGUGGAGUGGUUUGAAUCACGGAGUGGAAGAUGAAUAGAAUUGAGCAAAGGAAGAUAAAUAGAAUUUUAGCCUAACAGUGGCUCCCGGGGUCAGUGACCCCCCCAAACCACCUGAUCGCAUUUUAAAUUGCAGGAUGGAAAAGGCUGUAAAAUGUGUAAGGAAUAAAAUAUGGAGACCAAAGAGACCUAAAAAGUUCUUAAAGGAGAAGGAAAGGUAAAAACUAAGUAAGCUUUAUCGUAAAGGUCUACGUAAAUACAGCCAUAAGCACUUAAAGUAAUGCUGCACUGAGUCUUCUAUCAAAAGAAACACAGAAUUUUUUUUUUCUUUUUUGUGAACAUGAUGUUCCAGUGUACGACUUCCUCUCUCAGAAAACUCCUUAAUUUCCUGGGCCAGAGUCGGCUCAGUUCUCUCCCCUCUCCUGCUCCCCCUCCUACUAGAAUGCUAAGAAAUCCCUCCCUUAGGAGCUAUAACGGCUAGAGACUGCAGGAAGGAAGCUACUUCAAAUGGCAGCUGCAAUCUUAAGCAAACAGAGAAAGCUUCUAAAGCGGUUUACUCAGGUAUGUUAAUGGUUUCUGCAGAAUAAAUAUAGUGUUCUAGGUGGCACUAAUGUGGCAAAUCUAUUGGCACCAAAAUGCCAAAAUGACUUUCCUUCUGCUUUAAGAAUAAGACAUUCUAUAACACGCUAAAGGGUUUAUGUAUGACUUUAAAGACAGUGUGCAAAGUGCAAAAAAUUGGUGGAGGACACAGGCAGCAACAGGGCCCUGUUCUUAAGGAUAGAACUGGCCUGUUGCCCCUAACACUGAGCUGUGUUCCUUGUGCUGGGUAAAUAAUCAGGCAUGUAUAGCACAGAACAGCAUUCACCUGGGCAGAAGUGCUGUCCAACUAAGCACUAAGGGGUGCGCUCUUGCAACUCUGCCCUGGGGAAACAUAAAUGACCCCUCUAAUGGCAAUUACAUGGCAAUGUGUACCACUGCUACAGAUGCCUGCGAGCCUACCCUGUUCCUGUAUGAAAGUAGAUUUUGUAAGAUAAUAAACUGAUUGCGACAAUUGCAAUAAACACAAAAUAGCAGUUGUGCUUGUUUUAACACCAGUGUUUGUACCUCAUUUCCUCCAUGAAAUGUGGUUUCCAUUCCAUUUUAAGCACGAAUGAUAAAGAAAAACAGCACUAGCAGCAAUAAACAAAGAAUAUGGGAAACUUUAACAUUUUCUACAUUUUCUAAUGUUAUAUAUUAUUACCACUAAAUAUGUAUUAAUAGCUUAAACUAACAGCCAAGAAAUGUAUUCUAAUUGACUAGAUACAUAGUAAUUUAAGUUGAAAAAAGGCAUCACUUCCAUAGAGUUAAACAUUUUUGUCUAAAUAAACCCAAUCGAACUGCUAGUUGAUACAAAAGAAGGCAAAAACCCAUCUUAAGCCUCAGCUUCAGAGGGAAAAAAUCCUUCCUGACUUCAAGAUGUCAGAUCAGACUAGUCGAGCUUGCUAAAAAGCCAUCCAACCCCUUCUUAAAGCUGUCUAAUGUAUCUGCCAGUACCACUUCAGGGAGAGAAUUCCACAACACGGCUCUGCCUGUAACAAAUAUUUGUAUGUAUUAAGAUGGAACCUCCUUUCUACUUAUCUGAAUGAAUGCCCCGCAGGGAUAUUAAGCGCCCACGGGCUACCACGGGCAACUAAUCUCCACGAAAUGCCUUUCCACCAGCAAUAAAGUAAAUCAAUAUCAA